AUGCUUGGCUGCAUACUCGAGCUAGAAGGUCCGCGAGAUAGACGGCAAUGUGCGAUGUGCUACAAAGAGUGGAGCCCAUGGAGAUGCGUUGACUGUGUUGGCCGACCAAGCCUAUGCACUGACUGCUGCAUCAAUCGGCACAGCAUCAACUAUCUUCACCACGUAGAGCGGUGGGUGCCCAAAGGAGUAAAGCAAGCGAUCUCAAUACACUCAUUAUAUGCCGCUGGACUCCGCGUCAACUUUGGCCAUGGAAACAGGCCGUGUGAAAUUGAAGCCAAUGCAUCCGUUCGUAAGCUGACGGUUGUCGACAUCACUGGCGUCCAUUCGCUGCGCGCAAGCAUCUGUGAUUGCCCGGGGGCGGACAAGGACAUAUUUCAGCUGCUCACCAUGGGUCUAUAUCCUGGAUCCGUCUCUCGCCCUCGAACCUGCUUCACAUUCCGUGUCCUGGACGAUUUCUUACUCGCCAACAAGGUGUCUGGAAUCGCUGCUCAGAGCUAUUUUGAACGCCUCCGUCGUCUGUCCAAUUCCGCCUUUCCACACAGAGUGCCAAAUCGCUACCGGGAACUCUUGCGCACCAGCCGACAAUGGCGCAAUCUCAAAUACCGCAAAUGGAAGGGGUAUGGCCAUGGUUGUGGAGAUCUCGGACCCGGAAAGCUCACAUUGAGCUGUGUCGCGUGUCCCCGCCCCGGUAUCAACCUAGCAGCAGGCUGGGAAAAUGAGAACGAGUCCUGGAAACAUGCGGUGUCCUUCGUCAUGGACGGUAAUUUCAGUGCGGAGCAUUUGAAGAUGCGCCGACCGGGCGAUGAUAUCCCGCUCGCCGAUGGGCACGGGUUCAUGGUCACCAAUUUGCCCUACAAGGAACAUUUGAAAGCGGCAGUGGACGUACGGGAGAAAUCGAAUUGCCAUGCACACCGAGCCGUCAAUCAGGCAAAUGCGGAUCGACAUGACAUGGAAGCGACGGGUAUUGGAGCGGUUGCCUGUGGACGACACGGGUGCUUUGUGCCUCACUCUGUAGUCGAUUUUCAGAAAGGCGAACGACAAAUGAAUAUGGAUUACGCCCUUUCCCAGGCAUUGAAACAUCAUGAGGGAAUCAAGCACUUCCUGAUCAUGUACAACGUCUCAUGUCAAUACAGCAAGAAAGCAAAGGCCCGGUUUGAAAGCAGCCCGCAAUUCCUGAAAUGGCCAUCUGCCAUGAUCGACUGGGGAUUUGGCAAGUUCCACGUCCAUGGGCAUCAACGAGAUUGCCUGGUAAAGUAUUCACCAAGCUUCAUUCCAGGAGCGGGCCUAGUAGAUGGCGAGGUCAUAGAGACGUUGUGGGCUUCGCUCAACAGGAUCUCAGGCAGCACCCGGGCCAUGUCGACGUCGCAUCGGAAAGAAGUGAUAGACGACCAUAUGAACGAUUCGAAUUGGCGGAAGACAACUGGCAUGGUGAAGAUGCUCUCGAAGCGAUUCCUACAGGCGGUAAAGGAGUUGGCACUCAGCAAGGAGACACUCAGGAAUAUGGAGUCGUCGAGCAAUGUCGAGCACUUGGCAGAAUGGAAGCGCAUCGAGGCACAAGCGCGGGCGAAGAGGCGAGACGACUUGAGCGUCAUGGAGCCGUAUGAGGUGAUGCAGACAAAAGCACCUGGCAAGCGAGACAUCCAGCUUCUGUUGGAACAGGAAGAAGGAAGGACAAAGGCUAAUCCCGGCCUUGCAUCAUGGCUAGCAGAGGGCUUGGCGCUUCAGGAGCAGCAACUGACUGUCGCCGCAUUGGCGAGGCGCGUCAAAAGCGACUCGCUUCUUACCGAGCAGCUACAAUUGGUGAAUAGGCGGAACAGGCUGCAGCGUGGCAUCGACAGCUUUACCAAACAGGCGGCCACAUUCUGGAAAGACGGUGCCGACUCGGAUGACGACGGGGAAGAGACGGACGACGAGCCAGAGGCGGCCUACACAGGCGAGGACUGGGCAGACGUGGCAGAGGACCCGGAUGUGACGGAUGACAUGGUCGUUAUUGAGGAUCCAGAUGACGAGACACAGCCAGAGAGUGUUCCGCUGCGGCUGCCCUCCACCAUUGGCCGCGAGAAAUUGGCGAAUAUGAACAAGCGGGCACUCGGGGAGCAGGAGCUCCGCCUGCGUGAAGGGCAAGCGAACGACGCUCUGCACAGGCUUCGCAUGGCCAUUGGUCUGAAAUCGAUGGUCUAUGUGACCCAAGUCCGGCCGGCCAACAGCCAGCGGAUGCAGACGCGUGCAUUCAAGGAAGCCCAGAAUGUGGAGAAAGUGAUCACCGAGUGGUCUCGGGUAUUCACACUGGCCCGCAGGAAUAUGAUACCGCUUACACUGCCGCCAGUGAUGAGGAAAUACAGGCCAUUGCAUAAGGAAGAUCUCACAGCAGCAACACAUCUCGUCGAUCAUACGGAGCGCAACAGCAGUAGGAAAGAGCUGUCAUGGAUAUGGUCAGUGGAUGUAGGCGGAGACACGGAGAACUCGGAAUGGCUUGCAGAGCGUAAGUGUCUCACUACUUCGGUGACCCACGCUUAUCAACAUCUGUCAGUCCAUCGCGUCAAUUGGCUGCGUCAAAAGGCGAGGCACGACCGAUGGGAUGAGCAAGUGGUGUUGGUGAAAGAGGAGAUGAAGCGGACGAUCCGCUCUUUUGAAUUUUACGCCCGGGAGUGGGCUAGCCUUGAGCGGGGCAGUAUUGGGCAUCGUUCAUACGCCAUGCGACAGCAGGGGCGUUGGCAAGCGCUCGCAGACGAGGCACACGCCUCUUUUGCCUCGUUACCAGGCAUGACGCCUAUAGCCAGGACAUGA